AUGGCCGGCGACGUAGCAACAUCGGCAAAAGACAACGGCGACAACGUCGUUGAUUACAACUCACCAUAUUACCUGCACCCUUCCGAUUACCCUAGACAAAUGCAAGUCAAUGAUGCAUUGUCAGACAAAAAUUAUGCGGAUUGGGUACUGGAGAUGGAGAAUUUGUUAUUCGCAAAAAAUAAGAUCGGUUUCAUCGACGGGUCAAUUGAAAAGCCAGAAAAGACAUCCAAGGAUUACAUGCCAUGGAUGAGAGUGGAUGCGAUGAUAAAGGGGUGGCUCACCACCGCCAUGGAAAAAGAAAUAAGAGGCAACGUGAAAUACGCAAACACCGCUGCUGAGAUGUGGAUCGAUCUUCGUGAACGAUUUGGGAAAGAGAGCGCACCGAGGGCAUACGAACUAAAAAACAAGAUCGCUGUCACACACCAAGACGACGCCACCGUUUCGGCUUACUACACAAAGCUUCGAUCAUUAUGGGAUGAAAUCCAGUCGGUGUUCCCCAUCCCACAGUGCACGUGUAAUGGGUGUACGUGUGACAUCGGUAAGCGGCUUGUUGCACAUAAAAAAAAGAGACUGUACGAGUUUCUUAUGGGUCUCGACAACGGGUUCAGAGUUAUCAAAACCCAAAUCCUUGCCACCCAACCAACUCCGGGUCUCGGGACAGCCUAUCAUCUUGUUGCAGAAGAUGAACGACAAAAGCUGAUAACCGAAGAUAAGAAGCCUACUGUGGAAGCCGCCGCCUUUAAGGCUUUUGUUCCUCCAAAACGUGACAACUUUUCUCCUCACAACAGAAAACAAAGACCUAUUCGAAAACAACAAAACAAGAAGAAGAGGUACAACACUGCACUAAUUGUAAUCGGGAUGGACAUAAUCGAGAAGAUUGCUUCAAAUGGAUUGGUUACCCUGAGUGGUGGCUAG